CUAAACACACCGCCCACUAGCUGUAGUCUCGUUUGAGCUUUAGCUUGAAAAGACCGACUUCCGGCCUCCCAACCGCCAUUAAACGGAAGAAGGAGAAUCUACUUCCGUUGUUGUUUUGAGAGCUACUUCCGGUGCAGUUCAGACAAGACCGCGACGAAGCAGCAUGUUGGGAGCAGCAGUGGUGGGCGUGGGCACAGCGGGGCGGGUGAGGAUCAGAGACAUGUUGGCUCCGCUGCAAGGCAGUCCUGCUGAACGACUCACUCUCAAAGGCUUCGUAUCCAGGAGAAGACUGGAGAGCGAACAAGGAGUGUGUCAGCUGUCAGAAGAAGAAGUUGUGAAGAGAGACGACAUCCAUGUUGUCUUCAUCUGCACUGAGAAUGCCUCACACGAGUACAACGUCAGGAAGUUCCUUGCGGCAGGGAAACACGUGUGUGUGGAAUACCCCAUCACCCUCACCUCCAACGCUGCUGGCCUCCUCUGGGACUUAGCUGAGGAAAAAGGUGUGGUUCUUCACGUGGAACACAUCGAGCUGAUGUCAGCAGACUUCAAAGCCCUGCAGAAAGAAGUCCAAGGAAAGAUCCUGCUGGAAGGAAGUCUUCAUUUUACAGGUGGAGUUCUGAAGGCCAGUUCUGGGUUCAUGUCCUUCAGUGGCAUCGCUCGCCUCACCUGGUUAGUUCAACUCUUUGGUCAGCUUUCUGUUGCCGCGGCAACCAUGGAGGAGGAGCCUGUGAGGAACUACAGCAAGAUGACCGCCACGCUCCACACUGUGGAUAACAAAGCCUUGACGUGGACCGAGGAACGAGGGCCGGGCCUCCCGAGAGCCAAGAAGAUCCACUUUGACUUUGAAGGGGGCUCGCUGACACAGAUCCCCCCGUCGGCCAAGGGAGCAGCGGGUCUCUUCAUGCAGGACCUGGUCCGCUUCUCCUCCAAGCUCACAGGCCAGGUGAGUCCAGGUGAAGUCCACGCAGAGAAGAGUCGCAUCUUGCACUGCUUGGUACUGGCAGAGAGAAUACACCACCUGUGCCACGGAUCUUCUCCUGGUCUCACUCCACAUGGGGAACCACCACACUAGUCCUACUAUACACAUCAUAGUACAUCACAUGCAGUACACUAGAAGGAACCAUAUAUAUAUAUAUAUAUAUAUAUAUAUAUAUAUAUAUAUU